GUUCCUACCCCGAGUUCCACCUCUUUUUGACCACCUCCCUAUCUCACACCCUUUUCAAGCGUGCUUAGCAGAGAUCCAAGUGUUGCAGGAUGGCUAUGACUGACGUGCUCAGCGCUGAGGAUAUCAAGAAGGCUGUGGGAGCCUUUUCAGCGGCUGAAUCUUUUAACUACAAGAAGUUUUUCGAGAUGGUAGGAUUGAAAAAGAAGAGUCCAGAAGAUGUGAAGAAGGUUUUUCAUAUUCUUGAUAAAGAUCGAAGUGGCUUCAUUGAAGAGGAAGAACUGAAGUUUGUACUGAAGGGCUUUACCCCAGAAGGAAGAGACCUAUCAGACAAAGAAACGAAGGCUCUCCUGGCUGCUGGAGACAAGGACGGUGAUGGUAAAAUUGGCGCUGAGGAAUUUGCAACUCUGGUGGCUGAAUCAUAAAGGCUUUGACCAAUGCAAACCCUUCACCCAUCCUUCACUGCCCAAUUCCAACCACCUCCUGCUGACUGCUUUGGCUCCUGUUCUAUUUAUUUAUGUUAUUUUAUACUCCAGCUCUGUUCUCUGCAAUCCUGCAACUCUGUAAUUGUGCUGAAAGAUACUGUUAAAAUAAUAAAGGUCACAUCAAUCUGGGCUUUCUUCUCUCUCACUACAACUUGUUUCUUAUUUUGUGUAGGCUUGGCACACACUGAGAGAAAAUGUUACUCUUUUUUGCUGACACCCCUGCUGCUUUAUCCCUAGCUAGGGUAAAGUGGGAAGAAAUUUAAAAAAUUAUUUGGGAUAAAACAUGCAUAUAAUGAAUCAUUCAGUCCAAGUUCUGAACUGUGGCAAAACUGACUGUAUUAUUUUUAAGCUAUCCCUGCUAAAUGGGUGCAUACUCAUAGCCUGGAAAAUCUCUAGUGAUGGAAAAUCUCUAGUGAUGGCAAUUACCCAACUUAAUUUGGCAGUUUGUUCUUUCAACUUAAUCAGUGUUAUAGCUAAAAAGUAUUUCCUAAUAUUUAACCUACAUCUCUCUAGCUGCAGUUUGGUGAUCAGUAAAUUGAUCCUUGUCUGUAUAAUUUGUUAAAUUUGCCCGGUCCAGGAGAAAUUUGGGAUAAAAGGUUUGACAGGAAUAUCAGUUGGUGCCAGUCAUACAUCGAGAUAACUUCACAACCUAUUAAAAAGCAGUCACUUCUAAAACACAGGGCAUGUUUACUAGCAGCAUUACACAACUAUCUAGGACAGUAAGAAUGGAAUAUUCACAAGAAACAACAAUACGUAUUUCAGGAAAAGGGACACCAAGAUUCAGGUGUGAUGCUGCUGUUGACAUUCCCUCUGUUAAAACACUAAAUCAAAAAAUCCCACCAAAAAACAUUUAUUCUAACAUUUACCAGAGAAGUGACUAUCUUCUUUGAAGUUACAUAUAAGAAACUGAGACUCAAGCUAAGGAAAUUACUAGACUAGAGUCAGCCUAUGGCAUAGCUCAAGGAAAUUACUAACUAACAGUAAGCCUAUGGCAGAGCUCAACACUUUUUUCCUAAAUCCCGUUCAGUGACUUUGGCACCAAGUUCAUGCUUUUCACCUCUGUCGUCGUUGUUGUUGUUGUUGUGUUGCUUUUAAAGCAAAGAUUAAAGCAGGGGGAAAAUCCUUUUAGGCAACAUCUUCCCCACAUCUUGACAGAACAUUGAUUACUACUGCAAUAAAAAGGAAGGAUAUUUUCCAUUUCUGCGUUCCAAAUGAAUCCCUGCAGCAAUAAUACCUUAUUCGAUUUAGAUUUAUUAUCACUAAUUUAGCACAGACAAAAAGAUAAGGCUGAAACCCUGUCACCAUCACACUGUAGAGAACACAUCCUCUGCCACAGCGAUUACCCAAUGCUACUCGGGAAGCCAAUAAAUUCUCCCUAAAGCCAUUGUAGAUUUUCACUCAGUAGUAACUUGCAAGGAAGACUUUUUGCUGAAGCUGCUGUGCGUUAAAAAGAAAUCCUUUGGUUUUGCACAAUGUAUAUACGGUUCUGAAGGAUGUAUUGAUUUUUAAGUAUUCUAAAUAAAGCAAAAGAAAAUGGA